AUGUUUGAGCAGUUGUAUAACAAGAAAAGGAGAAUAGUAUAUUAUGGAUUGGCAAGCUUCCGUCCAAUUAUGACUCCUUUUAUUUUAGACUUUAAAAACUCCAUUAGUCAAAGAAGAAAGCAGUGGAAAGCGGAGAACAAGAGAGGUAACAGAGAUAUGAAGAUUAUACAAAUUGUAAAUGUCGAAUCAAUCCCGGAAUGUUUUCCUUCCUAUGAAAAUACUUGGUCUUUAUUGAAUCGUUUUUUUGAAAGCAUAUGGUACAGGGCAUUUCCUAUAAUAGAUCAAGAUACUAUCUUAGAGGAUUUCAUGGCAAUAUUUCAGAAUAAUAAUGGAAAAGUGACCGCUCGAAAUAUGGAACAGGUUCAAUAUUCACGUAUUGCACUAAUAAUGAUCUUAGUAGAAUAUUCGAUACAAGAAGAUGAACUAGAGAAUGAAAAUUUGUAUGAUGUAAGUGAUAAGCUACUCAACUACGCAACAAGCUUGAUAUUUCAAGGAAACACUUUAAAGUUCUCAACUGUUUCUACAUUGCAAGCAUUGAUAUUAUUGAGACUACAUAAAAAAUAUAAUAUGAGAGAUAAUGAUGGUGGAGAUGGCUCAAAUGGGGCUCUUUUGCAUUCUUUGUGUAUCAAUAUGGCAAUAAAUAUGGGAUUUCAUCGAAAUAUAGAUUCCUUAUAUGCCGCAGAGAGCUUGACUGUGAGAAGAACCAUAAAAAAUAUUUGGAUAUUUUUGCUUCAUAUUGAUGCGUUAAAUUCAAUAGACCUUGGAACCCCUCUUCAUAUACACGAUGAUUACUUUCAUCACGCAAUAUUUGAGGACCAAAAUUAUAUGCUGGUGAACUUUAUUAAAACAUUCAGAUUUUGCGCUGCUAAGCUAAGUAAAAUGGAGGUGGCAGUUGGCGACUUGCUCAGUUGUAUAGCUAUCCUUAAAAAGUUUAUCCGCUCUGAUUCAUCGCAAUUAAUUUUGAAAGACUUUUAUGCUAACAGCUUAGAUACAUGUGAUCCUGAAAUAUACAAAGAUAUAGUUGUCAGAUUUUUCAACAUAUUUCCUGCUUUUUCUAUUCUUCUGAGUUGUUAUCAGGUCAUCAGCAUGGAUAAGGAAAACUUUGAAGACGAAUUGACAAUGACUAAGUUUCAAGAAUCAGUUGCAAGGUAUAAUAUGUUAAUACUUGUAUCUUUCGGUGGGUUCUUCUUGUCUUUAAGGAAGACAUUCAAAAUUUCGAUUCGACCUCUUUGGUCUCAAUUAUUUUUACUAGGUUUAGCAGCUUCAAAACAAGUUUGCUGCAGAGCAUUAUUAUCUUGCGUGGAAUUAAUGUCUAGGUUCACAAAUUUACAACUGGAAGGAAAGACAUAUGAUUUGAAGUUGUCCAAUGUUUUAAACUCGUCGAACCCGAAAGAGGAAAUAAUUGAAUCAGUUACGUGGGGUAUGAAUGAUCCGGUGGUCUUAAAUAAGGGUGUCGCAUUAUUUUUACAGACUGUAUCGAAUGCUCCUUUAAUUCUUUCUAAACAUACUGAAGACUAUGGUAUUAGUAUAUUAAAAUUUGGUUACAGCAUAUUUUUUGAGAACUACACAAAGAAUUUUGAGCAAUUAAGAGAAAUGAAAGAAGGCAUUUCUUUGGACUUUGAGGGUUAUUUUAAUAUAAUUUCUAGUGAAGAGUGCAAUUUCUCCGUCUCAAAUUACAAGGAGAAUCCCCAGACUCUCUCGGAAACCAUUCCAUGGGCAAGUGACCAUGCCUUGGAUCUGUGGGACGAUUAUUUCUUAUAUGAUUUUUUUUAA